UCGGGCCAAGUCCGGCGGGUCGUGCUCGCGGAGGGAGAGCGGGUUGCGGGCACUCGACAUGGCGGCAGCGGCGGCCGCUGCAGCGACUAAAGGAAAUGGGGGUGGCGGGGGCCGGGCUGGGCCCAGCGAAGGCAGUGGCACGCGGAAGAAGAAGGGCCCGGGGCCUCUGGCCACGGCGUACCUGGUCAUCUACAAUGUGGUGAUGACAGCGGGGUGGCUGGUGAUAGCAGUUGGUCUGGUCAGAGCAUAUCUGGCUAAAGGGAGCUACCAUAGCCUUUAUUAUUCAAUAGAAAAGCCUUUGAAGUUCUUCCAAACUGGAGCCUUACUGGAGGUUUUACAUUGUGCUAUUGGAAUUGUUCCAUCUUCUGUUGUCCUGACUUCUUUCCAGGUGAUGUCAAGAGUUUUUCUAAUAUGGGCAGUAACACACAGUGUCAAAGAGGUACAAACUGAAGACAGUGUCCUCCUGUUCGUUACUGCCUGGACAGUCACAGAAAUUAUCCGUUACUCCUUUUAUACAUUCAGUCUAUUAAACCAUCUGCCUUACCUCAUCAAAUGGGCCAGGUAUACACUUUUCAUCGUGCUAUAUCCAAUGGGCGUGUCGGGAGAGUUGCUCACAAUCUAUGCAGCUCUGCCCUUUGUCAGGCAGGCUGGCCUAUAUUCCAUCAGUUUACCUAACAAAUACAAUUUCUCCUUUGACUACUAUGCAUUCCUAAUUCUGAUAAUGAUCUCCUACAUUCCACUUUUCCCCCAGUUAUACUUCCACAUGAUACACCAGAGAAGAAAGGUUCUUUCUCGUUCUGAAGAACACAAGAAAUUUGAGUAGUUCCUGCUUCUUGCACCAUCCCCCCAAACCAAACUUCAAUGAUCAAAAAAUGCUGCAGACUUUUUGAGUUCCCAAUACGUUUCAUAGAAAAUAAUUAAGAACUAUUUUUAAAAUAUUAAAAACAGAAAAAAACCAAAAUCCAGUGUCACAUGGGCUGGGAUUUUAUAAAAAAAAAAAAAAUUUUUUUUUUUUUUUUUUUUUUUUUUUAAAGCUGUUAACAUACAGUGUCCUGGCCAGUCCAUUUUAGCAUGCUCUUUCAACCAGAAGUCCUCAAUAUUUACAAUGGCGCUAGAAAGGGAUUUGGCAUCUAUCUCCUUUUGUGUCCUUCACAUAUCCCACAGAGAGAGACCUAUCCCAUGACCAAGUUAGUCUGAGUAAGGAGCUUGUCCCAGCAUACGCCCAGCUCACAGCAGAGUUCAGCUUGGUCUGCAGUGUGUCUGGCAUUCCCUUCUCACAGUGCUUGACUGCAUGCUGGAAUCUCUUUGUAUUUCUGAAGCGGCAAACUUUGUUCUCUGGAAUGCUCUGAAGUUAUGGCUGGGAUCUAGCCCCUCAUAUCUAGUGAAUGAAUUAUAAAAUGUAUAUGCCUGUGAAACUUUGGAGGUAGUGCCCGUAAGCAGAAAAAACAAAAAACUAGAACUUUUUGUUUCUUUCCAAUUGAGUCUUUUUUGCCUGCCACUGAGGAACAUGCUUGAAUUUAAUCAGUAUGUGCAUAGUAUAAAGAACCUACCUUAACCUAGAGUUUGGCUUUGGCUGUGUUUUGACAGUUCUCUGAGUAGUAAAGCUCAAUAGCUGGUAAGUGACAAGUACCUUUCACAGGACUGGUCUCUGAGCACCUCUGAGUAAUGUAUUUGCCAGUAGUGGUUCUCAUUUAUGGACUCCAAACCCAUGUUGUCACAUAGGAGCAGGGAAUCUGUUCUUUCAAGUACAAGGAAGCUGUCACUUUUAAAAUAUCUAGAAAAACAUUAAGGAAUGGCUUUAUACAUUUAUUUUUUCAAGUUUAUUCACUCUUCUGUUUAUUUCCCCUGAUGAUGGCUGUGUGUUCAUUCCCACCAAGUGUUAGGAGGCAGUGUGCAUUCUGGACGGACAGUCCAGUUAAGGCAGCAUCAUUGCAGUGUGUUGGAGCAGCCGUGAAAUCACCUGGUCCGUGGAACAUUGCCUGGCUAACAUCGUCUCUUCAUGACGCUCAACUGCUCAUCUCAGCUGUGCGUGAAAAGCCCCGCAGGAAAGGAUCGGAUGAAAAUGGGGAGCCCAAGUUUAGAUGCGUGCUCAGUUGCACAGAUGUGCACAGUAUCUUCUUUGUGGAACCUUUUUUCCCUGACCUUUAAGACUUUAAAAGUCAGGCUUAAUGAGUAAUUUAAAAUACAAUUGUCAAUAGCAGAAGAAUGUCAUAAUGAAAAACUAAACUUUUAAAAUGCAUAUUUUCACAGGAACUUGAAAAUCUAAUCCAAGCAGCUGCAUAAUUUAUUUUUUUUUUAACUUAACAUUAAAAUUCUGCUUUUUCAAAUCAGCACUACUGGGUGCAUUGAGAUUAGAGUCUUAUAUUUGAUAGACUGGGAGAGACGAGUUUCCAUCUUAUCCUUUUUAUUCUUCCAGAAUAUCUUUCUAUAUGAAACAGAAUCUUUAGUUAUAAUAGGCUUACUACUUUAUUUGGUUAAGUGUUUUUUAGUUGUUUUUUGGAAUUGGAGGUGGGAUGAAAAAUGUAGGUUUUCCAGGACGAAGGGGCUGCAAGUUUUAUUCAUGCUUCGUUAUUAUAAUUGGUCACCACUUCUGAAAAAACAUCCUGUUGCUAAACAACGUAUUGCAUCAAGUUGAACUUUGGCAGUGAAAAGGCAGCAAAAAGUGAAAAACUCCCUUUUGAAAAAGUCUCAACCCGAGUAUGCUUUUUUACAUCAGCAUUUAAAAUACAGCAGAUAAGGGAAGCAUGUCACUGUGCCCUUCAGGAACCUUCUCAGUAACUGUUUUUUUUUUUUUUUUUUUUUUUUCCUUCAAGCCCUAACAUGAAUUAAUUUCUCCUUUAAAGCAGUGGUGUUCUGUAAACUGGGAACAUCCAACCCCACCGAAAGUUACAUCUGAUUAGAAAGCAUGGGUGUUGAAGGUGACAUGCAGUGGAGUUUUGUCAGACGCAGUGGUUCCCCACCACCCACUCAGUGGCGUGUUUCAGGUUCCCCAAGAGCUGCCCGCAGAUGGGGCCUUCUCUGAGGUGCUAAUCUGCGUCUUGCUGUGCCGCUUGCUGAGGCUGGGACUGCUCAUCUCUUCAUGUCCCCUCCCUGAGCAAAGGCCCCCUGGAGAUGUAAUUGAGAAAUAAAGCGCUGACCUCCUAGAUAAGAGCCUUCCUCAGACCUCAGCAAGGAAGAUACAGAGCUAGAAAGGCAGAGGAAGAGAUUAUACCUGCAUUUUUCACAUCUUUAUUGGUUAUUCAUGUCUAAUAAAAGGCUGGCAUUGAUGUCCAACCUACAAAUUAUUUUCAAUCCUGAGUUUGUGAUAAACCAUUAAAAAACAUUAAAUUCAUUACACACACUGCUCCUUUGAAAUUUGGGUAA